CUUUAUGCAUCUUGAAAUAAGUCUAACACAUGCGCAGGACAACUUUGCUUACUCAUAUUCAACUAAACAAUCGAUUUUCAGUCGUAAACGUGAUAUAUAAGGUUGAAUUUAGGUUAAACGGGGUAGAAAAGGUUGUAUAUGUGUGAGGGGACGCCGCGCAGCCGCCCGGCAGUACUCCCCGGGCGCCGAGGCCGCUUGCCGUGCUUACCCACAGUGAAAACCUUUAAAAAAACACCCUAAGUCAAUUUUCGCCUUCCAUUUACACCCAAAAACACCUAACGUGCCCCUUUGAAAGCAAUAGAAAAAACUAAAAAACAUGAAAUUGUAAAAAAAACCCCUUUAAACGUUUAAUUUGAUAGUUAACUGUGUAUGAAAACAGUUUAAAGUUGAAAUGUGUGUUCAGUGAAACGUCAGAAGCGCGAAACCUUUGGCAGUGUCUGCGUUACAUAACUGUUCCGGGCAAGAUCGAUACCCUGGGCGUAUUAAUAGCGACCUACGGUUGAGAACAGCUGGCCGGCCGCCAGCAUGCAGACCACGAGGAUGCGGCGGCCGCGGCGGCACCGCUGGCUGACGGUGUCUGUAUUCUUCAUCGCGUACUCCGUCGGCCAGGCGCUCAUGAGCUCGCCUGGAGACGUGCCAAAAGAGGGCUCCACGCUGCCCGACCCAACUCCCACGAUACCCACGUCACUAAAAAAAGAAACUGACUUUACCAAGGAGACCAGUGCAAAAGAAACAGAACCAACUCCCCCUGGUGAAAAAGAGAAAGUGCCAGAGGAUGAGGAAGACAAGGGGAGGAAGAAACUGCUAAAAGGCACCGAGGAGCCCGACGAGGAAGACGAGGGAGAGAAGAAAAAGCAGAAGGACGCCGGAUACGAGCCCUCGAAUGCAGUACCGACGGUCCAUCCCUUGAGGAACUGUACUCCUCCUGCUAUCGAGCAGUUCCCUCGGCCCCUGAUGGGGCAAAACGCGCGCAAGCAUGGAGGCCUGAUAUUACACGUGCUAGUGGCUGUGUUUACGUUUAUCGGACUGGCUAUAGUAUGCGACGAGUACUUCGUGUCCAGUCUUGACAGGAUCUGCGAAGAGCUAAAGCUGGCACCCGACGUGGCCGGCGCCACGUUCAUGGCGGCCGGCAGCUCGGCGCCCGAGCUCGCCACCGUCGUCAUCGGCGUCUUCUGCGCGCAGGACGAUAUCGGCGUGUCAGGCGUGAUCGGGUCCGCAGUGUUCAACAUAAUGUUCGUGAUAUCCGUAUGCGCGCUGUGCGCCGGCACCGUGUCGCACCUCAACUGGUGGCCGCUGUGCCGCGAUUGCUUCUUCUACGCCGUCUCUAUACUGGUCAUGCUGUGCACCAUCGCCAAUGGAUACGUCUCUUGGCCGGAAGCGCUGUUCAUGCUGAUAAUGUACGGCGUGUACUGCGUGGCUCUGCGGUUCAACAGCGAGCUGGAGCGCUGGGUUUUGACCAAGAAGCUGCCCUUCAAGCUGCCAACACGGGAGGAGCAGGCUGCACUCGUCACAUACAAGAGCGCGGCAGGGGCGGCGGCGGCAAAACCCGCGGGUGACGAAUACACGCAAAUGGAGGGACAGACCAAGGAGACCGCCCUGCAGAACCCCCCACCAUACAACCCGGAUGCCGCAUACGACAACGCAGCGUACAACGCUGACCCUGCUGCCCAAGCGUGGGACCCCAACGCCACCUGGGACCCUAACAGCUCUUGGAGUGACCAGUCCCAGCAACCGGCGGCACCUGCUAGCAGCUGGGGCGAUACGUACAACUCUCAGCCGCAGCAGCAGCAGCAGCAACAACCUGACUCGGCCGCUCAAACGCCAGGCCAGCAGCCACAGCAACCACCGCAGGCGGCGCCCGCAGCCCCGGCGUACUACAAGGCUAAGGAGUACAACCCGGAGACCGCCGUCAACCCGCUCAUAAAGCCCGUCGGAGCAAACCACUUCCAACUAGCGGCGUGGUACGUGGCGUACCCGGUGCACUGGUCCUGCCGACACACCAUGCCCGACUGCCGCGGCCGCUGGUACCCCAUCACCUUCCUCAUGUCCAUGCUGUGGAUCUCCUUCUACUCCUACUUCAUGGUGUGGAUGAUCACCAUCAUCGGCUACACCCUGGGCAUCCCGGACACGGUGAUGGGGCUGACGUUCGUGGCCGCGGGCGUCUCCGUGCCCGACGCGCUCUCCUCCCUCGCCGUCAUCAAAGAGGGGUACGGCGACAUGGCGGUCUCUAACGCAGUGGGGUCCAACGUGUUCGACAUCCUGGUGUGCCUCGGUCUGCCCUGGUUUAUCCAGACCGCCAUCAUCCAGCCUGGCUCACACGUCAACGUCAUCAGCAAAGGUCUCGUCUAUUCGACCUUCUCUCUGUUCUCGACCGUGAUCUUCCUGAUCGUGGCCACCCACGCCAACGGCUGGAAGCUGGACAGGAAAUACGGCAUCGUCCUGAUGAUAUGGUACCUCCUCUUCAUCACCUUCGCCAGUCUGUACGAGCUCAAUAUCUUCGGGAACUUCAACCCGCCUGACUGCGAGUCUAUAUAUUAAAUUGUCUAUGGUAAGUGACCUUGGUCUUAGGCGGUGACACUAUCGCACCGCACUGCGACCUUGGUGAAGAAGAGAUGAUCUGUUUCUAGGUCUCACUUAUGGGUGCGACGCACCAAGCUCGCGGUGCGGUGCGAUAGUGUGUUACCACUUUUAAGCAGGCUAUGCGUCCGUGUUGCCAGUUUUUUAAAAGCAUAGAAUUUAGUUUGAUGUUGAAAUGUAUUCUUAAGCUCACCACAGUUGUGUCGGAAUUCAGGUAGCAAUCUCUAUUCUUCGCUCUGACGUAUUUCAAUUUGUUAGUUCGUUAAUAUCUCAAGAGCGUGAAUGAAAUGACAGAUUUUAAAGUACUGACAAAUAAUUCUGGAAAAUCGGACAGAACCAUAGACAUUUCCACUCGAAUUCGGUCGGAUCUGCGUUGAGCCUUAAAUAGCUGUUCUCUUCUAUUUUACGUAUGUUGGCUAUGAAAUCUUUGUAGAUACUAUUUUUGUGACUAUCACAAACUUUAUGCUGGUAAAUGUAUAACAUACGAGUAUUAUAUAUAAUAAGUUUUCUACUACAUAAUACCAUUGUCUUAUGAUGAGUAAAACAUCGAUGUUGUUCUCGCUAUCUGUAAAUUAUAUUACGUUUAAGCAUUUAACUAUGUAUAUUCUAUCUAAUUCUAAUUACGUAGGAUAGUGUAGAUAUUUUAAAGCAUAUUAAAUGUUUUAAUUUACAUUUAAAGUACCUAAAGGUCCAUCAAUAUUUCAAUCUAGUGUUUUUUUUAUCACAGCUCGCUUAAAAUGAAAUAAAGGAAAACUUCUGGUAACAUUCUGUAAAUAUACCUUCACCUCCCUUAAUUGGCGGUGUAUUUUUGUAUUUUUUGUCUUAACCAGAGUCAUUAAUACCCUGCCUACUACUCUUGAGCGCCGAGGAGGUUUGAACCCACAACCUUCCGUGAUUUUUGCCAAAUUAAAAGAGCUGAUUUAGACGGCGCGAACUCGCAUGCGAUUUUAGUUACAUUGCGAACUAUUGGUUACGUCCAAUUCAACCGACCGAUCAAAAACCGCAAUGUAAUGAAACUCGCAUGCGAGUUCUCGCAUCGUCUAAAUGAGCCCGAGUUUGAAGCCGCAUUUAGUGCAAGGUCUCUAGAACAGUGUCGUAUGCAAAAUGAUCAGACCGCAGUUUGACUUUUGACCUUGUAGUGUAACAUUCCAAGGCUUCAAGAAAGCCGAUUUUAACGGGCCGAAAAGUGGUACCGUUACCCCCUGAGAUGUUUAUUAUGUAUUAUUAUACUUAUAAUUUUAAGGAUUCGGCGUAUUACGUUUACGACUUGUUGCGAUAUGCUCAAAUAUUAAAUUUCGACACUCAUAAAAUGAGCUCCAAACGCCAUAAAAAAUAGGUUUUAGGGCCCUUUUUACGAGAGUUGACUUAAAAUUUGAACUAAGUAUAUAAAAACUUAAGUAUUUUCCAAACUAUAGCAAGUCAUUAAUCUCCGUAAGUUAUAAAGUUGUUAAAGGCCUAAGAUUUGUAAAGUUUCUUAUGAAUAGAAAUGCUAGACGUUUUCCUGAUACAAAAUAGGAUACAACUAGAUUAUUUGAUAGCUUGCACUGGAUUCACUUGGAUGGAACACUAAUUAACCGAUUCGUUGCGUGUUCCAUUUUCGAAAACUUUUGGCUGUGGCGCGGAACAAUCAUUUCAUGACACGGCAGCCAUGCCAUCCGCCAUAGAAUAUGAUGACACUCCUCCCGUGUCAUACGCCACACGUAAAAAACAUUGAUGAUACGGCAGGCGUGUCAUCAGCACCGAAUCGGUUAACUGUAAAUUAUAUUUUCUUUAUUUAAGUAUUAUUUAAACAUGUGGUGAAUAAGAAAAUAGACAAAUGUUGUUGCAAAAACAAAGAAAUUGGUCACAUUUCUUUCUCCCUUUUAGCUUCACACUUAUUAUGUUAUUACACUAUAAUGACACGAUUAAUUUAUUAUUACUUAUUAUAGAUUCUAGACUCAUAGUAAUUAAACAAAACAUACCUAAAUAAUAAAUCGAAUUUAUAUGAUCGAUGGAACGGAAUCAUCGAAGUAUCACGAAUUAACAACAUUGAAAUAUAUUUUUAUUAUAAUUAGUAAAAAAAUCAUUUUGUCUCCGGCAAAAUAUAUAAAAAACUAGACCAUUUCUCGAUUCUAAACCUAUAUCUUCCAUCUUAUAACUACCCGCAGGUAUGAAAUAGACUGAUAAAAAUAUCUGUUUCCAAUAAAAUACCUCAAAGAUGACCAGAUUCUUCCUUCUUUAUCAUUAUUUGUACAUUGUUAGUAGUUGACAAUAAAAAAAAUAUCACAUGAGUAAGUAGUGAUGUGUUAAGUUAAAUAGUGUGCAAGACGUUAUUUAAAUCAAUUGAUGUAUUUUUACGCUUGAUAACCUAUGGUUUAAUUAUGAUAAUUGCGAAACGUAUCUUUCCGAAUACAGAGUAUUCCACGAAAAUAUCGCUUACAAAAUGGUACCGACUUAAGUAUUAUGAGAUAGUUAGGAAACCAACGGCCCGAUUCCAACUUUAUGAUACGUCAGUUUAAAUAGAUCUAGAAAAGAUUUGGAUUACAUAUGUCAGUGUCAAACAAGUGUCAAAAUUGACGUUUCUUCAAACAAAUACGUCACUUUUGACACUGACAUAUCUAAUCCAUAUCGUUUCAAUAUCUAGUAUUUGACGUAUCUCGUUGUUCGAAUACGGCUGCAAUUUUUGGUCAUAGCAUUUCACAAGUUACACUUAUGUGGAAUGCUCAAUGUAUGUUUAAUUUUAACUGCCUACAAACUCUACUAGUUCUACGGCGUAGCGCUUCGUAGCUCCGUAGCGAACUUACUCCUUCAACAAUUGUAAGUAGUUCGCUACUACAAUCGAUAUCAUAAUAAAGUGUCAUUCUAUGGAACUUGCUAAUUAUGUAAACAAACCGCUAUACUGAAAUCAUCAUUCAGUGACAGUUUUUAAUACGGCGGUUUGUUUACAUAGUUAGCAAGUUCUAUAGAAUGACACAUUAUAUAAUUUGGUAACGGAUGCAAUUUUUUACCGAGCAUUUGAUAAAAUGAUUCAUCGUAUCGUACCAUUCGUACCUAUCUAUAUCAUUAUCAAAUUAAAAAUAAAAGAUGUAAAUAAAUAUAUUAUGUGGUUAAAUGUGAUGCAUUUAUGCAGAUAAACAUAGUAUUAAGUAUUAUAAUUUAUAAGUCAGUAAAAAGGAUGCCAUAAUGCAGACGUUAGGGCACUGUUUUCUUAACUAUUUCCGUAGGGUAGGUUGCAGAUUUUCUUACGAAAAAGUCUGCAAACUACCCACAUACGCCUAUAAUAAAUACUUGGUAAUACUCAUAGACACGUAAAGUGUCAUUCUAUGGAACUUGCUCACGAUGUAAACAAACCGCCAUACUGAAAUCAUCAUUCAGUGACAGGUUUUAAUAUGGCGGUUUGUUUACAUAGUUAGCAAGUUCUACAGAAUGACACUUUACGUACUAUGUUUCGUGUAAAAAUAUAUAUUUAUAUGAAGAGCUACUAAUGCUUGAUUCUCAUAAAAGUAAUUAAAAUAUUUUUUUGUUUUUAGUAUUUUAGUGCUUCUAAAUAUUGAAUGUACUUUGAUCGCCUUUAAAUAAAAUUGUAUUAUCUGUAAAUGUUUCGUAGGCAUUACCUAACAAUGCGACAAUAAUUUUGUCUGUUACUUAGUUUCUUUAUGAGAAAAAUCUUUAAUAUUUAAUUUGGCAUAAUGCCUUUUUUAAGGUAUGAUCUACCUUCUUUAAAAAUAUAGGUGAAGAUUUCAUAUGUGUGUGAUAAAUAUACCCUUACUAUUUAAAUAAAUCUCCUUUCGUAAAUAAUACUAAGGGCCACCCCACACUAGCGACUUUUGAGCGUCGGCGUCUAGUCAGCGCUAUGGGAAAUGACGUAGCAGUUGCGCCAACGUUGUGUGGAGCACCAGCCAUACGGCUCGAUUCGGGAAAUGAAUAAGAAAUGCACUAGAUAUGAAAUAGUAAAGAUAUGUGACGUUCCACGGCAAAAGGUACCUUAUGGCGGCUGGCGCCGCGAUUCGGGAAAUUCAUUAGAGAUUCACUAGAUAUGAAAUAGUAAAGUUAUGUGACUUUCCACGAUAAAAGGUACCUUAUGGCGGCUGGCGCUUACGUCGCAUAGCGCCGCAAU